UUGUAAUAUUUCAAGAUUCUUAAAGACAAAAAUCCUAAAUGACAGAUCUAUCUUGCAUAUGAAAGUUUAUGCAUGCAGAAGAGUUUAGAAAGGAUGAAAGAAAAGCUAUCAGCAUUCCCAUAUGAAAGCCAUGAAAUUUCUUAUCUGCUAUGUCAGGGUGCCCAUAAUUUACCUGAUCAUUAAUUCAGGCUGUGAGUAACCAUAUUUAAUUGGUAAUGACUUAAGAUUAACAUUUUGCACCAUUGGAAAUUUGCCCCAAUCUUAAUCCCCUCCUUCACCCCCAAGAUAUACUUGCUCUGGAUUCAGCUUUCUACAGAACUCCUAUGCGCCUGGCCUAUUUACACCCAUUCAGCAGAGUAAGACUGGAAAAGCUUAGAAACAUAAAUCUUUUUUUCUUUCUUUCUUUUUUUUUUUUCUAGUUUGUAAAGUUAACCCAGCUGCCUGGUGGCUUCCCAGCUGUUCUGCUGUCGAUAAUAAUUUCCAUCCUUUGGCUGUCCUCUGGGAGCUUCCCCCAGAGCCGCCCUCAGCUAGGUCUAUAGCAGCACUGACCCCAGGAGCAAUCCUGGACAAGACAUAUUACCAGUGGGAUUAGGAGAGCUGCUGCUGCCUUCUUUUUCUCAAGUUGACAGAAGAGGUUCAAAGAGAUAAGACUUACUCUUUCUUUCCUAAGAGAUCACACUGAAUUUGAUGUCAAUGGAUUUUCUUUUUCUGAGCAUAUGCCUUGAUGAACACUUCCAGAAUUAGAGUAAAAAAUUAGAACAAGAAAUCCCUCAGCACAAUAUGACCGAAGAGAAUUUUAAAGAGAUUUUGGGAAUACCAAAGGAUCCAGAGCCUGUAAGAAUGGAGAAGAGCAAUAAUAAUGAGUGUGUGGUCACUGCAAUUCCCCUGGUCAGCGAAGUUCAGCUGACAGCCGCCACGGGAGGAGCUGAGCUCUCCUGUUACCGCUGUAUCAUCCCCUUUGCUGUGGUCGUUCUGAUUGCUGGAGUGGUGGUUACAGCUGUAGCCUACAGUUUCAAUUCUCAUGGAUCCAUCAUUUCCAUUUUGGGGCUUAUCUUAUUGUCAUCUGGACUUCUUUUGUUAGCUUCCAGUGCCUUGUGCUGGAAGGUAAGGCAGAGGAGCAAGAAAUCUAAAAGAAGAGAGAGUCAGACAGUCCUGGUUGCAAAUCAGAGGAGUCUGUUUGCUUAAAAAGAAAUGAUUCAAACAGAAAUCUGAGACCUGAAAACCUGGCCAGACAUUGUCAAACACUUAGGACCUGUUUAUACAGUCUCAUCUAUAUUCCAUGCAAGUGGUAUUUUCUAAGUGUUAAUUUAGAAAAUGCAAUUGGCAAACUUUGGAACGGUUUUCUAGAAGUCAGGCAGAAGAAUGAAAGUGGAAAAGACUCUCAGGACCUGUGUCUUCUUUGAUGACAUACUUGAUGGCAAAGACUGUUUCUAAGGCUGAUAAGUCAGCUUUUUCUCCACAUUACAAUUUUUGUUGUUGCUAUUGUUUAGUCAUUUUUAGUUGUGGUCAGUUCUUUGUGACCCUACUUGAGGACUUCUUGGAAAAGAUACUGGAAGGGUUUGCCAUUUCCUUGUUCUGUACAUUUUACAGAUGAGGAAACUGAGGUAAACAGGGUUAAGGAGGUUGCCCAGGGUCAUAUAGCUAAUGUCUGAGUCUGGAUUUGAACUCAAUUCUUUCACUCUAUUAACUAAUCCACUUACCUGCCCUGGCUAAUAUUAAAAGGCAUCAAACAAAACAGUAAAAUGAUGGGACAGAUUUGCUAUAUUUGAGAGUUGACUGCAAAAAAUAAAAUCACUAACAUAACAUUGUAGUAUUUAAACACAGUGAAGACUUCAAAAGUGUAGAUCACUUUUGAUUUUUUUUUCCUUGAAAUUCUUUGAUUCCCCAUCCCCAUCUCAUAAGCUAAUUCUCUGGCAUCUGUUUUUAUUAUUCUGUUCCAAUGACCUCAUUGGUGGUACUUUUUUCUUGAAGAGUAAACUUUUAACUUGUUAACUUUUACUGUUGAUUAGAUAUAAAUGUUUGUAAUGAUUUGUGUCAAGAGUAAAUAAAGGAUAAACAUAGCUGGGAGGCAAUGUCGUUGGGUUAAAUUAAUAUUGAAUGAUCUGAUCUAGCACUUUCAAUGAUUUUUAUAUAAAAGUUUUGAAAUGUAAUUUUCAUUUAAAAUAAUAAAUGCUCAGUGCUGCUAGAAGCUUCCUAAAGGA